GAGCAAUGAAGGUAGACGAGAACUAGUACCUAAUGGGACGAGGGCCUGGAAAGGAGCAGAUGCUGGAAUAUGGACAGACCAAAGGGGAGAUGUUGACUUGAAGUGACCAAAUAGUGAUUGUGUGCCAGGUAGAGACGGAUGUUGAUGAAAGCAGACACUGCUAAGAAUGGUGAAAAUGAUAUUGAAAAGAAAUUGCAGAGAUAAGACUCGAUGGAUGGUCGAUAGAAGACGAUACAAAAAAAAAGGUGAGCAAAAACAUGACCAAAAAUCCCCAACAUUAUAUACCUACUCGCCGUUUGCGCAAAUGCGGAGAAAGAGUAAGAUAGAGUGGUGUAGAUACAGCCCCUCCAUCACCUGGUGUCAUGAUACACCACACCUCACCCACCACCCUUCCGAGAUCCCGAGCAUCCCACAGCAACAGUAGCCCUGAAUUCUCCAAUAAACAUCAUGGAAGCGGGACACAACUCGGCGCGGAUGAGCA